CAGAAGUGAAAUCAGCUGACCGACACGACGCUGAUGGUCACGUGACUGGAGCCGCGGAUAAACGCUAUCUCAGCAGGAGUGCCGUUUCAAAUCAUAGCACGUCAGCUCAUCUGUGCGCUCCUGAGCUCUCAUAGCGCGUCCGGGAUCAGAUAUGGACUUUAUGAGGUCUAUAUAGUAGGUGUACAUCGUUUAACUGUGCUUACUAGCCUGUAGAUGCAGGGAAGCUUUUGAUCAGUGAAGCUAUCAGUGGCAAAUUACACCCCACCAAUGCAAGCAUGGCCUCUGAUAUCAACUAUCAGGACGGCCCAGACUUUUCUAGAAGAGACGAGAGCCCUGCUGAAGAUGAGCCCAUCCAUUCACCCGGUUCCCCACGACAGACAGAAUAUGAACGAAUCGGAGGAAGAACAGGAUCCUCGUUUCUUCAGACCUUAAUUCAUUUACUUAAAGGAAAUAUUGGUACGGGACUCCUCGGCUUGCCUCUGGCUGUCAAGAAUGCAGGACUCGUGCUGGGGCCUUUAAGUCUUCUGGCUAUGGGUAUCGUGGCUGUUCACUGCAUGAACCUCCUCGUGAGAUGUGCACAUCAUUUAAGCGCAAAGAUGGGCAAGCCCUUUCUUUCCUAUGGAGAUGCAGUGGAGUAUGGCAUGGAGAACGUGUCGUGGCUGAGCAGACACUCUUUGUGGGGAAGGCGUGUGGUGAAUAUGUUCCUCAACAUAACCCAGCUGGGCUUCUGCUGCGUUUACUUUGUGUUCCUCAGCGACAAUGUCAAACAGGUGGUUGAGACUGCAAACGGGACGACCGGGAACUGUCACAACAACCAAACCGCAGUGAUUGUCCCCAGCUACGACUCUCGCCUCUACAUGCUCUUCUUCCUGCCCUUCAUCAUCGUGUUGGUGUUUAUCCGCAACCUCAAGUACUUGGCUCCUCUGUCGUUGGUAGCAAACAUUUCCAUGUGUGUCAGCCUGGUCCUCAUAUACUACUACUGUCUGACGAAUAUCCCAUACCCUAUCAACCUCCCGCUGGCAGGAAGAGGAGUUGACUAUCCUCUCUUCUUUGGAACAGCAAUAUUUGCCUUUGAGGGAAUUGGAGUUUUGGUUGCUCUUGAUUGUGAGAUGCAGAAUCCCAGAAACUUCACCACGGUCCUGUAUCUUGGCAUGGGCAUCGUCACCACCCUCUACAUCUCCCUGGGCACCAUCGGCUACAUUGGCUUCGGAGAGCAUAUCCGGGGCAGCAUCACUUUAAACUUACCAUUGUGCUGGUUAUAUCAGGCCGUGAAGCUGCUUUACUCUUUUGGGAUCUACAUCACUUAUGCGCUGCAGUUCUACGUGUCAGCAGAAAUCCUGAUCCCGCCGGCGGUGGCACGUUGCGGUCCCAGAUGGGCGUUGAUGGUGGACCUCAGCAUCCGCGUGGCUCUCGUAGUCCUCACAUGUGCUCUGGCCAUAUUGAUCCCGGAGCUUGACCUGGUCAUCUCUUUGGUGGGCUCCGUGAGCAGCAGCGCUCUGGCCCUCAUCAUCCCUCCCCUGCUUCAAAUCAUCACCUUCCAUAAUGAAGACAUGAAGCUGUGGGUGAUGGUCAAGGACAUCGGCAUCAGUCUCAUUGGCUUUGUGGGCUUUGUGGCGGGGACGUACAUCUCCAUCCAGGAGAUUGUGGCACGGAACAGCAGCAGACACAACGGCACACACCUUCAGCUGCUGUGAACGCUGACAGAGCGACAGAAUAAAUGUAGGCCGAACAGACCCACUGAAUCAUUUACUUACUACAUGCUCCUUUGAUUUCUGCUGAAUUCCGCUUGGGGUUCCUCUUACAGAACGUCCCUAGCUCAUGGAUUUUUUAUGUGUUUUUGUCCUUCGGUUUUUGCAGCACUGAAGUCUCUUCAAAUCGAGUUCCCAAGUUACACUGGUUUCAAAUAACUCAUUUUUACAAACUUUUUUGGGCCAAAGCCUUUUAUUCAAAUGUUAUGGUGAAUAUCAAUGGGAUAAUAUCUGUAUUGCUCAUUUGAAUGUUUUGUUUACAGUGUUUCAAACAUUCUCAGUGAGUAUUUUUUUUCCCAUUCAUUUAGACUUAACAGGUUCUCGUGUUGAUUACUCAUUCUGAGUGUUUCUACAUGUUGAAAUUGAAAAGAAGUGACGUGAACAGUAAUUUCUGCUUGGAACUGUGUAUUUGUAUUCUUAGGGCUCUUGUUUUCAAGACCAAAAGCGAGUUAUUUACUUCUGCAUAUUACUCACAGACUCAACCUAGACUUGAUUGUAAAUAUGUGGAAAAUCCAUUCGAGCUACAGAAUGUUUUAUGUUUGCACAAUUACACAACACCCAGUACCUCUCAGUCUCAAUCAGUCAUAAAAUACAUCAGUUCAGUGGUCUUGAAACAAUUUUACCUGCACAGUGUCUGCUGUUUCAGUCUUUUUUUAUUGAUUUACAUAUUUAAGUAAUGUUUCAUUGGUUUAUUUUUUUUUAUUAGUGCCAU